AUGUUGAAACAGCUUUCCAUCAAUGCUCUGUUUAUAGAAGCUUUAGAGCAAAUGCAUGGGUAUGUGAAGUUUAUGAAGGAUUUAGUGACCAAAAAGAGGGCCGUCAAUUUUGAGAAUGAUGAGAGGUUGCAACAUUGCAGUGCUAUUGACACUAGGUCACUUGUGCAGAAGAAAGAGGAUCCUGGUGCUUUCACUAUUCCUUGUACCGUUGGGUUAUUGCAUUUUGUGAAGGCGUUGUGUGAUUUGGGUGCUAGCAUUAAUCUGAUGCCAUUAUCUAUCUACAAGAAGUUGGGAUUAGGGGCUCCAAAACCGACUGCGAUGCGACUAGUCAUAGCCGAUAGAACUGUGAAGAAGCCCAUUGGGGUUCUCCAAGAUGUUCUUGUGAAAGUGGAGUCGUUCAUUUUUCUGGUGGAUUUUGUGAUACUUGAUUAUGAGGUCAAUUUUGAGGUCCCAUCAUCUUAG